AUGUUCUCCUUCUCUAAGCUCGUUGCCCUCGCUGUGGUUGCUACUGGGAUUGUCGACGCACAGCUCCCUCCUUGCACCCGAACCUACGAGGUGCAGGCAGGCGAUACCUGCGACAAGAUCGCCGACUCGCAAGGAGUAUCUUCAUUCCAGAUUGCGGCUGUAAACCCGCUCACCGUCAUCAACGCGGAGUGCAGCAAUCUCUGGGUUGGCCAGAUCAUCUGCCUCGCCCGCGAGGGCUUCGACUGCUCUCCCGUUGUCACAGUCAGCGAAGGAGACACAUGCGUAUCGAUCGCUACCGCCGCUGGAAUUACAUAUGCGAAGGUACUCGAGAACAACCCCAACGUCAACGAGUUCUGCAGCAACAUUUAUCCCGGAUUGGUUCUCUGCACCCAAGCAUAA